AGCUAAUAUAUCAUACCUGCACAACUAGUAGCAAGCUCCAGAUACAUAAUAAAGCAUAUCGAAAUAUAGUUGACGGUAGCCCUGAGCCAGAAUUGGUGUUGCAAAAUGAUUCGCACAAUGAAAGCCUCGCUUCUUUUAGUUCUCUAUCUGGCUGCAGAUCACAGUUUGGCACUGAGCAGUCGGCAGUGCACUGUGGGUCAGUUAGCCGGCGAUCGUUUGAUGAUUGGAAAGUAUACCGUUGAAGAGCUCAUUGACAUAAGUAAGGCAAAGAUCAAGAGAGUGGAUGACCGGCAAACUCCCGCUACAUUUCCACAUGCUACAGAGUGUGCCGACUAUAGUUCGUCCAGAUGUCACAAUUAUAACGAAGUAGAACCCAGGAGGUGGGUGGGUGGAUUCUUACCAGGAUUAUUUAUGCAGUUUUAUGACUGGGAUAUAAGCCGAUGUGAUUUAGAAGAUGCAGACGCAUGGUUAGAAAGAUUUGACAAGAGAAUUGGUGAUCUUUCGGAAGAACCGACGAGAGAGGGUACCCACGAUGUGGGCUUCAAGGUUUUUUACUCCUAUGGUCACGGCUACAUAUCAACAGGCAAUGAGGAUUGGUAUGAGCCCAUCGUGCAGGGAGCGCACACUCUCGCUUUGAGGUAUAGCGAUACGGUCGGAGCUAUCAAGAGUUGGGAUACCGAGAACUACAGGUAUCCCACCAAUCAAUUCAAAUGGCCGGUCAUAAUAGAUAAUAUGAUGAACCUUGAAAUGAUGUUGUGGGUGUCGGAGAAAACAGGAAACCAAACCCUUUGGGAUAUGGCUGUGCAGCAUAGCAAAACAACUAUUCGAGAUCUGUACCGCUCGGACAGCUGUACAUGGCAUGUAGCAAACUACGAUGGCGAUAAUGGGGAGCUGCUCGGCCAAUACAGUCAGCCGCAGGGUCUUAACAUGACCUCCAUUUGGACCAGAGGCGUCGCAUUUGGCAUUCACGGGUUCACUACUGUGUAUAAAUGGACUAAAGAGGAGGAAUUCUUGAGCCAGGCUAUCAAAACUGCCGACUGUUUCAUUUCUGAAUUAGAAAAGUGCUGUGAGAAUGACUACGUGCCACUCUUUGAUUUUCAAGACACCGAGAAGCGCCCAGACACUUCUGCCGGAGCCAUCGCAGCGUCGGGAUUUAUUGAACUUUCCACAUUUGUCGAGGCAGAACAAUCCGUCAAGUAUGUGCUCGCGGCUGAUCGAAUACUGAAGGGGUUGGCUGGGAGUAAGUACAUGGGUGACGAGGAUAUGGAUUCUAUUUUGGUCCACGGUAUGGGUGACUUUCCCGUGAAGGAUAUAGACGUCGGUCUUAUAUACGGAGAUUACUUCUUUGUUGAAGCUCUGACUCGCUUUGCUGCCUUGGAAGGUGAUAGAUAGUGUUAGAUGAUGUUUGGGAAGCAGGUGAGGCAAUCGAUAUAUGGGUACCGUGAGGUUUACGACCUUUCGAGGCACAAAUUUUGCUUAGUACAGACUUGGCGUUUACCCGGGUGCGAAUAGUUUAUCGGCGUAAACGACCAGUGAUAGCGAAUAGGUACAAAGGAAAAUAACUAAAUAUGCGCAGAAUGCAUCGGUUCAGGAAAGGUCACGCAGUUCUGAUUUACACAAAC